CUAGUGAUAGUGAUGGAUUGAGAAUGUUUAAUUACUUUUCUUUGUAUUUUUGUAUCUCUCUUGAUUUGAAUUUUGGGGAAUACAGGAUAUCUUCAUAUCAAUCUCAUAUCUUUCACAAUAACUAUCGUAUAUACUCAAGUAGUCAGUCAUGUCUUCACAAGCUCCCACGUCCGAUCAGCCAAAAAUCAAACUUUACUGGCUCAAUCAAUCCCGCUCUCAGCGUAUCCUCUGGCUCCUCGAAGAAUUGAAGAUACCCUACGAGCUAGAAAUCAUCCAUAGACUUCCCUCCAAACACGCACCUCCUGAAUUGAAAAAAGUGCAUGCGCUGGGAAAAUCUCCCGUCGUUACGAUUUUACCUGCGGGAGCUACCGAACCGGUGGUUUUGGCGGAGAGUGCGUUUAUUACUGAAUAUCUCCUUGAUCAUUUUACCCACGGCAGUACCCUUCUCCCCACCCGCUGGAAGCCCGGCCAGGAAAACACUCUCGGUGGCGAAACCGAAGGAUGGACUCGUUUCCGCUACUAUAUGCAUUAUGCCGAAGGGUCUCUGAUGCCACCCCUCCUUGUCGCUCUCAUCAUGUCAAUGAUCAAUUCGCCCAAUCUUCCAUUCUUCAUCCGUCCUAUUACAGGCAUGAUAACCUCAAAAGUGCACGAUUCAUUCCUGGAACCAAAUUUCAGCACUCAUUUUACCUUUCUUAAUGAACAAAUCCGGAGCUCUCCCAAUAAUGGAAAAUAUCUCUGUGGUGAACAUCUGACCGGUGCAGAUAUUCUCAUGUCAUUCCCUCUUGUAGCAGCUAAACAGCGUGCUAGAUUAACAAAGGAAAAAUAUCCAGAACUUUUCGCUUAUACAGAACGAUUAGAAAAUGAGGCAGGAUAUAAGAAAGCUGUUGGAAAGAUUGUGGAAAUCGAGGGAGAAUUUAAGGCGAUUUGAUUCUGAGGGUGCUUUGGUAAUUAUCAAGACUGUAUGCGAGCGUCUCAAGCUCGAAAUGCGAAGUGGGAGAAUUGAAGGAAUUCUGUAUUCCUUGCCCUACAUACCUUUCGCUGAGUCUCUUC